AGUCACUCUACCCUGAACAAUAUAAGCAACGCUGGCAAGGCCAAUUCCAUUUCAAGCGGUUAGCCGAUUUACAAUUUUUCAAUUCGAAUAGAAAACUCUUGCUAGAAUGUCUAUCGGAGUUCCUAUAAAAGUUUUGCACGAAGCAGAGGGUCAUAUUGUAACCUGUGAGACUAUUACCGGUGAAGUAUAUCGAGGGAAACUUAUUGAAGCUGAAGACAACAUGAAUUGUCAACUAAUGCAGCUUACUGUGACUUACCGUGAUGGCAGAACGGCAAACCUAGAGAACGUUUACAUUCGUGGAUCUAAGAUACGGUUCUUGAUUCUUCCGGAUAUGCUUAAAAAUGCUCCAAUGUUUAAAAAACAGGGAACGAAAGCUGGUACCGCGGGUAGAGGGAAGUCAGCUAUUUUACGGGCACAAGCCGCUAGAGGACGAGGUCGCGGUGGAGGUGCUAAUCCAGGAAACCGUCCUCCGGGAAAAGGCAACUGGCAAGGCCAAGGACCAUCUGGUGGUAGAGGUCGAGGUGGACUAUAAUUAGUUCCGUUUUUUUGAUGUACUUCUUCAAACAGAUUAAUAAAGAUUUUUUUAAG